UGUCUCCUUGAACUUGGCCGAAGUUACAAAAUGAAACUAACAUUGCCAUUGAGCAUGUUGAGGCUGCUGUUGGCAAAGCCGUCUUUCAAAUCAGUAAUUCCAAUCUGCUCUUCAUUUAAAAAAUGUCCUUCACACAUUUCAGAGAAAUUUCGUGCAUUUUCUACAAACAAAUCUCUAUUGAUGUCCAAUGAACGACCUUUAAAAUUAAUGAAAUUGCCAAAAAUAGUUCAACCUAAUUUUAUAUUAUGGCUGAAAAAUAAAUAUUUUGAAUUUUUAAUAAGGAACUACUAUGAUGCAACGUUUUCACAGUCAGAAUUCCUGGCAGGAGCAACACAAGCUAUCACUCAUGUGUCUAGUCUGAUUUCAAGGGGACAGUUUGAAGAUUUAGAAGAGUUAGUUGAUCCUGAUUCUAUUGAAGAAAUAAAGAGAAAUUACAAUCGCUUAAGUGAGAAGCAACACAGAGACUUGAAAAUAAUGGAAGACCAUAUUAUUAAAAUGUUUGUCCAUCAAAUUGGUAUGAUGUUUGGGAACUCAGGGAAUGUAUUUGUUGAAAUUACUGUUGUGCUUCAUUAUAAUUCUCCUGAUGAUAAGUCACUCAAGGAAACCACUCAUCAAAUCAAAACAGCAGAGGAUAUCAUAAAAGCUGCCUUGGAAAUAACAAAGAAAGUUGUCAAUGCUAAUUACAGAUUUAUUAAAGAGUGUACAAAGGGUUCAGAGAGUGACUGGAUUAUUAAUGGAGUGAACCAUUUUUCUAUAUUUAGAAAAGAAGAAGAAGAAGAAGAAGAAAACUGAAAUUUGAUUUUAUUUUCUAAAUGAAAUGUAUCUUUGUUUAUAAAAUAUAAAAAUUUGA